AUGAAGAGUGGUUGCUUAAAAUCUUCCAUUCCUCUUCUGGUCAUUCUUCUGCUAACACAUUAUUGCUCGCAUAUUGAGGCUGAGCAACGUCACCCAAGUGGCGAAGUGGUGGGAAAGAAACUCCCACCUGGGGAGAAUGACUCAGAUUUUUGUGUUCCAGGCAAAGCCUACUCAACCUACAGAUGUUCACCUCCAGUCUCUAGCCGCACCAAGGCCUUCCUCACAUUCAAUGUCUUUGAAGAAGGUGGAGAUAUUCCAUCUUUUUGCGACGCUAAAAACUAUUCUAAUGAUAAACCAAUUGUGGCAUUAUCAACUGGAUGGUUCGAUAACGCAAGUAGGUGCCUUAAACGCAUCAAUGUCACCGCUAAUGGGCGUAGCGUGCUGGCCUUGGUGGUGGAUGAAUGUGCCUCAGCUAUGGGUUGCGACGCAGAUAAUGAUUAUCAGCCUCCAUGUGCUAACAACAUUGUGUCUGCCUCAAGUGCUGUAUGGAAAGCCUUAGGUGUGCCUCAUGAUAAAUGGGAUGGUCUAAAUAUCACAUGGUCUGACGCUUAA